AUGUUAUGCAAUGCUUCAUCAUAUAAUUUCAUUUUUUCAUAUAAAUCGCCUAAAUUAAUAUUUACAACAUUACUUUCCUAAAGUGUAGCCUAAUAAAGAAGAUUGUAUGAAAUGUGUUAAGAUAAACCCAAAUAUUGCUAUGGGUUAUAAAAAAAAAUUUUAGGAACAAUUACGUAUGAUUUAUGGUAAAAGAGCUGCAAUAUUACAAUUAAGCUUUAGAAAAAGAUUGUAAUUGUUAUUACGCAUAUAUGUGUAAAACAAGGCUUGUAUUAUAUGGAUGAACAAUUAAAUGAUUGUGCAUUACAAGAUUUCAAUUAGGUUAUUGAAAUUAAUCCACAUUAUAGUUUAUUUACAAUAAUAGAGGUGACUACUAUUUUACUUAAUAUAUUAGGAAAUUUAUAUACUGAAGUUGAUGAGAAAGACAAAGCAUUAAUUGAUUAUAAUAAAGCAAUCCAACUUGAUCCUUAAUCUUUUUCAUUUACUAUCACAUUAUAGAGGAGAAGCUUGUUUGCUAUAAUUUAGUCCUCAACGAAGCAGAUUACCAAUAGUUGCCACGCCUUGAAUUCUAGUCCAAAGCGGAAUUUUGCAGCAGACAAAGUGAAAAGUUAGAAAUGAAAAGUAUACAAAGAAAGG